UAUAGGAGGGUAGCUGAAGUCAAGAUUUUCUUUUAGUUUACUGCAAGGUGUUGGUUAUAAGGAAAUUCGGGAACUUAAACUAGAGAUCAGCAGAAGGUCAUUUUGAUUCAGGACCUCUGAAUUUUGAAUAUUUUAAAAAGGUCUUAGAGGAGAUAUCCAGCAGUGAGAAAGAGAGGGCAAGGGUACUCUCACCAUCACAGGUGGAUGCACUCUUCAUGGACUUAGGGUUCAUAGAGGCAUUGUGGGAAUGGACGUCAAGGGCAAGGCGGCAAGACGAUGGGAGGAUAUAGCUGCCGAAAAGAAGUCCGGCACAUGCAUGAACUUAGUGCCGGGGGUUUCUCAGCACUUGCGUGACGAGCAGGAAGCUGUACAGAAGAGAACCUUUACAAAAUGGAUCAACUCUCAUUUGGCAAAGCGUAAUCCUCCCCUGGUGGUGUCAGAUCUCUUUGAAGAUGUUAAAGAUGGAGUGAUGUUGUUAGCUCUUCUUGAAGUUCUCUCUGGUCAUAAACUGCCGUGUGAGCAGGGCCGCAAGCUGAGGAGGAUCCACUGGGUUGCUAACGUUGGAAGAGCCCUCAAAUUUCUGGAGGGCAGGAGGUCGGCCUACAGAGGAUCUCCGAUAAAACUAGUUAACAUCAACACAACAGAUGUUGUAGAUGGCAGACCGUCUAUUGUACUGGGGUUGAUUUGGACCAUCAUCUUAUAUUUCCAGAUCGAAGUAUUGACCAGUCAUCUACCAGCUCUUCAGCCUCAGUCCAGCAGCAACUCCUCAGUGGACAGCUCCAAUAGCACUGAACCCAGCAGCCCACCUGUCAAACGCAAGCCCCGUCUCUCCUUUCAGGGCGGGGCCAAGAGAGCCCUCCUCAAAUGGGUCCAGACCACUGCAACAAAGAGAUUGGGACUUGAUGUGAAGGACUUUGGCCCCAGCUGGCGCACAGGGGUGGCUUUUCAUGCUGUCAUUUAUGCUUUGCGACCCCACCUGGUUAACAUGGAGCGCGUUUGGAGGAGACCCAAUCGGGAAAACCUGGAGGAAGCUUUCCUGUUGGCUGAGAGAGAACUGGGUAUUCCAAGGAUACUUGACCCUGAAGAUGUGGAUGUGGAUAAACCAGACGAGAAGUCCAUCAUGACAUAUGUGGCACAGUUUCUGAAACAACACCCGGACCACCAAGAAACAGAUAGUGGGCGACAACAAGAGGAGUUUUUUCUUGCUCCUCGAGCCAUUGAAGAAAUGUUAGAGAGGGAGCAGCGCAAGACACUGAGGGAACUAAAAACAUGGAUCGAUCAGUUCGAGAGAGACUGCGCUCAAGUCCAGAGAGAUGGAGGAAGCGUUGGUGUGCAGUACCAGAUGUUCAAGCGCUACCGUGUACAGUUUGAAGUGCAGAGACGGCAGGUAGAGACCAGCGUUCAAUCUGCUCAGAAGGACGGCAAGCUGACUGCAGACCAGGCUUUGGUCAAACAGGCCUGGGAAAGGCUGUCUGCAAGGCUUUUGGAUUGGCAUCUACAGCUGGAUAGCGGUUUUCCAGAUCCUCUUAGCAAGGUUGGUGUGUGGCUACAUCAGGCAGAGAAGAUCCUUCGAGAAGAGCUGGACCCUCAGCAAGACCAUGAUGAGAUGGCCAAAGCCAUUCACAAAAAACUAUUGCAUGACCAGGACAUCUUAAGGCAUCUCGAAAGACACAAGAAGACUUUGCAUUUAAUCCACAGAGACAGAUGUGUUAAAAAUGUCCCCAUUCCAACAGAACAGCUGCAAGAUAUGGCAGAGAGAUUAAACUUCAUAUCUACCUCCUCGCAUGUUCACUUGAGCAAAUUGGAAUUCUGGGAGUCUAAAUAUCGCAUGCUGGCAUUUUUGUCGCUAGUCGAGUCUAAGCUCAAAUCCUGGAUCAUAAAAUACGGCCGACUUGAGUCAAUGGAGCUUCUGCUGCAAAGCUACGGUUCAUUUGUGGAGGGACAGCGGUUCUUUGAGAAGUAUGAAUCUAGCCAUCAGGCUCUGAUAAAAGCUGCUGAGCUUUACAUUAAAGCAGACAACUCAGUUGAGGAAGGGGUAAAGCUCUUCCUCCGAGAGGUGUCUGAUCAGUGGAGGAGUCUGUCCGUGGAGGUGCGAAGUGUGAGGUCCAUGCUCGAGGAGGUGCAGUGCAACUGGUUGAGGUACAACAGCUGCGUGGCCUCAUUGCAGGCGUGGCUGGAGGAUGCCCAGACGGCUCUCGGGCAACCUGAGAACACCAAACGGGAGUUUUUCAGGAAUCUUCCACACUGGAUGGACCAGCACGCUGCUAUGAACGACGCUGGGAACUUUCUGAUCGAGACGUGUGAUGAAACAGUAACACGUGACGUGAAGCAUCAGCUUCUGCUGCUGAAUGGAAGAUGGAGGGAGAUGUUUCUGAUGGUCAGACAGUAUGCCCGUCUUCCUGAGACUCAUAAUGUAAGAGCACAACAGGAUAUCAUCUUAUCCUUACAAGAAUUUCUGGACACUUCUAUGAACAAACUUACCUCACCACUUCAAGUGUCAUUGCUGGAUGUCAAAGCCUUUAUAUUGGAUGUUGAGGACAUCAAACACAGACUGUCUGCUAUGGAAGCACAAUAUAAGGUGGCGGCUCGCUCUGCCCAGCUUGUAGCCAUAGAUUCUGUUCAUGGUGGUGGAGCUCAAACUCUCUCUACUAUAACAGCAAUUGAAACACAACUCAAUCAGCUGAAAGAGAAGUGUCCUUUAAUUCUAAAGGAGUGUCAGAGUCUAUUUCCACUGUUAGAAGAGCUAGAGAAUCAAAUCUCAGCUUUCUACGAGACAGCAGAGCUCGCUGGACAAAUCAUCACCCAACAGCACAACCAGCAAAUGUGCCAGGAGCUACAAACCCAGCAGCAAAACUGUAAGCACUGUGUUUGCGCUAUGGAGCGCAGUUACCUGUCCCUGCAGAAGGCACUGUGCUGUGCGAAAUCCCAGCACAAUUUUGAUGUCUCUCUUCUGCAGAACAGAGUCACUGAGAUACAGACUACUGCACAGGCUUUGAUGCAGGAGGCUUCAGAGUGGAAGCAGGUGGCUGAAACCAGUGGCAACCUUAUGCGGAUGUAUGAGGAGUCUCGCGCUGACCUCGAGGAUGCCCUGCAGAAGGGCCAGGCCUGUCUAAAAGAAAGAGGAGACCCAGAUGAGCUCUUCCGCAAACAUAAUGAGUUCUUUGGGCGUUUGGACCAGCACAUUUUAAGUGCUUAUUUAAAAGCGUGUGAUGACCUCACUGACAUCAUCUCUGACGAAGACCAGAAGAGUCUACGGGAGACGGUCAGAAGACUUCACAAGCAAUGGAAGGACAUCCAAGCUGAGGCUCCUCCCCACCUGCUCAGACUGCAGGUGGAAACAGAGAGGCGUUUGGUGAUGGCUACAUUACAGGAGUGCAAGGCAGAGCUUACGAGAGAAGAUAAAGCCUUGCUCACAGUCGGAAGUGAAAGAUUGAUCAAAGAACACAGGACCUUUUUCAGACAAACAAACCCACUGUCUGUAUGUGAGAAGAGACUGAAGACAAUGGAGCAGCUCUGUCAGGAUCUUCCAGAAAAUGACUUGGGUCAUCAAACGGUAGAGGAGACCAGAGAUCGUCUUGCAGAGGUCAGACGUUUAGUAGAGAGAAUGCACUUGAGACUCCAAAAGCAUCCAGAUAAAUGGAGAGAGUGGCACGCUAGGUUCAGUGAGUUGUCUGAAUGGCUUCUCAACCAGCAGGCAAAGCAGGGUGAAGCUGAAAUCUCUACUGUCCAGCGUCAGGUGGUAAAGGCUCAGGGUGAGAUUCUGAGCUGGCUCAGAGCUCGUAUCGCUAAGCUGGAGGAGAUAAGUCCUGAAAGUGAAGUUCAUAUACAGAGAGCUGCUCUUGAUAAACUCUCACUAGAGUUUUCUACACUGCUGUGUCAGUCUGAGGAUGUUCCUGUCACCGUUCAAACUGAGGGGCGCAUAAAAGCUGAAGAGGAGGUGAAGGAGGAGGAAAUAAUCCAGACGCAGGAGCACAGAAGAAUACUGAACGCUGAAAACGCCAAGGAGGCCAAACAGAUGCUCAUCAUUCACCAGCAAACUCUGAAGCCCCAGCAUGCAAAUGAGAUGGAUGUUCAGGAGAAACACCUGGAGGUCACUGUUUGUGCAUGGGAGGACUUUGAAGAAGAGAGAGAAGACAUCUUGAAGUUUGUGUGUAAUGUCCGUGUUGUCCUGGAGAGGGAGCUUAUCUUCAAUAACUUGGAGAGUCUCGCUUCCGAACUAAACAUUUUUAAAGAUCUUCAACAGCAAUGUAAUAUGUUUGGUGUACGGGCUGAGUCCCUGGAGAUGAAGGCACUGAACAUUAAACUUGGACCUCAGAAUUUGUCUUUACUGCGGGACCAGGCCCAGUCCACACGAGACAGAGUUCAAGAGACACAGACCAGCCUUAAGAAAAUCGUGUCAGAUCUGGAGCUGAUGCACAGGUGGUGGCAAAGUUUUAGUUGUGAGUCUGAGGCUUUCUUUUCCUGGAUCUGUGAUAGUAAAAGAGAUCUUGAAGAUAUCAGCAGAACCUCUGCUAACCUGGAUGAGCAGAUUCAAACUGUGGAGAUGUUGAAGGAGAUCUUAGAGGAGAAGGUGGAGGUCUUUAACCGAUUGGAGACAGAGUUUCAGACUUUAAUGCACUUCAUCACGGCAAGCCAGGCUGGGCGAAUUAAAGCUCGCCUGAAACAGAUUGUGAGGUGCAGGGAGGAGUUCAAAAGCAGCGUUGAGCAACGAGAGGCGGAGCUUCACUCAGUCUUGAGAAAUACGAAACAAUUUACCCAGGAUCUCAAUGAGGUGGAAGAUUUGAUGAAAGGACUACAGGAAAAACUGAAUGUGUCAAUAACUUCCUGUACAUCAGCAUCAAGAACAUAUAAAUCUCUCCAUGAACAUAUGGAUGUAGUGCAGCACCUGCAGCAGCUGGGUCCCAGGCUGAUGUCUUUAAGUCUGGGCUGGAGAAGGCUGUCUGACGGAGGCCAGCUGGAGAAAGCCGUGGCCGAGCUUCAACAAGCUCACAAAUUACAUACCCAGCAGGCCACUGAAAAACAAUCAAAACUGGAAAACCUGUUGACUCUGUGGCAGAGGUAUGAGAGAGACCUUUCGCUUUUGCAGUCCUGGUUGAACAGGUGUGAGGCUCUAUGCAGUUCAGAUUGUCCCUACCUGAGCAUGGACAUAGAAAAUCUUAAUAGCCAACUUCAGACCCUGCAGGACAUGCAGUCAGAAGUUCCCUUUCAGGAGUCUUUGUUGGAAAGUUUGGAGACCCGGGCAGAGUCUCUGUACUCUUCAUCCUCAGAAGAAGGAGCCACAGAGAUCGGAGAUCUCCACUGCAACUUGGAGGAGAGGUGGUGUUCUUUAAGUACCAACAUACCAAUCAGGAUUCUGGAACUUCAAUCUCAUCUCGCUCAAUUGGAGCAGUUCAGUCAGUCCUUGCUGGCGUUGACUCUGUGGAGUGAGAACUUUCUUAGGCACAUUCAAAGUACCUUUACAGUCAACGUCACUGAUCUGAAGUCUGUUGAAUCCAAAAUCCAGGAGGACAUGGCUACACUCGAGAGCCAGGGUAAGUCAGUGGAGGCUUUACAGUCAUAUACAGAUGCCCUCAGCCCGUCUUUAGCCCCCAAGGAUCUACAGCACCUCCAAACCAGGAAGGAGGACUGCCUUCAACUCUUGAGUGAAGCUAGAAGCUUAGUAGACCAUCGAGAUCAAGCUCUAAACAAACUUAAAGCUUUCUACGAGAUCUAUAAUAAAUCCAAAACCUGUCUUGAGUUAUUCCACGAAGCAAUUGAAGAGAAAGAGAGCUGGGAUAAUUCAAAAACCAGAGAUGUAAAUCAGGAACUUGGGGAACAAGCUAAGGAGUUAGCAUCUCUGGAGGUGCAGGCCAUCAGCCUGGAUAUCAGCCUAAACAAGGCACACUUACAUCUGAAGGGGGUCGAUGGGAAAAGAACAUCCUGCAGAGAGCUUGUGGAUGAUAUUGCAUUGAGUCUGCAGAUGCUACAGAGGAGCGUUGGGACAAAGCAGAGCGAAGCAGAGGCGCUGGCGACAUUGUGGAGUUCUUUUAGGGGGCGGAAGGAGCUGCUACUUGUGAGCCUGGCAAAGCUUGAAGAUAGAGUCAGUAUACCAUGGCCCGCAGAGGUCAGCACACAGGCCUUUCAGCAGAGGUUAUGGAUGCUGAAGCAGUUGGAGGAGGAGCUACAGGCCUUACAGCACAGUCAACUGUGGUUGGCAGAAAGAGGAGAACAACUGGCGCAGAGAGACCCUGAGCUGGCAGGGGAAGCCCAACGGGAUGUAGUCUUGGUCCAAUCCACCUGGGAGAAAACCAGGGGGAUUAUUGUGGAGGCUCAUGACCUGUGUGCAAUACUGCUGGAUGUCUGCAGGGAAUACCAGAGCUUAAGAACCAAGAUCAGCUCAGUCGUAGAGAGAGCUCAAGCCAUCACUGUGGCCCAGUCGGACCCACACAACCCUGAGGACGUCCAGAGAGCUCUGUUACGGCUGGAAGCAGUGAGGCCCGAGUUGGCGGCCACUAAGGAGGACCUGAAUCAACUCAUUGGUGCAGGCAAGCGCUUCACCGGUUUGUUGAAGAAGCUUCCAGAGGAAUGCCUGCAGAAUGAAAAUAUCACAGCAGAGAUGGAUAACAUUGUUGAUCAGUGGCUAAAUAUCUCUGAAAGAAUGGAUUCAGAUAUCAGUCUAUACACUCGUUCUCUUGAACUGUGGAACGACAUUAAUAAAAUGGCUAAUGAUAUUGAGUGUUGGACCGCCAUCUCUAUCGGCGAGCUUAGUGAGGGAACUGCCAGGCUUCUGUCCACUCAUAAUAUGGAGGAGCACCUCACUGAGUUCAAGCUGGAUUUGGACAUUAAGGAGGAUGAAUUGAAGAUCUUGCAGGAGAAAAUAACAGAUCUGCAGGAACUGAUGAAAGCCCAGCACACACACAGUGAGCUACAGGUGAUCAUUGCGGACCUGAGAAAGCAGAUGUGCCAUGCGGCAGAGGUGUAUGAACAGACAAGAGGCAUGUAUAAAGAGUUCAGCUCUCAGAAACAACAACUCGAAGAUCUCAUCUCCCAGAUUUCAGAGCAGCUAAAGAUCUCAGAGGACUCCCUGUCAGAGUUUUCACUGUCCUGUGACCCAGAGAAUUUUGUUAAGAUUAAGGAGGUUGAGAGAUCACAGAAACAGCUAGAGAUGAGUCUGGACAUAGCAGGUGAGUCUCUGAGGGCCCUGUGUAGAGCCUUCCCAACUCAACAACUGACCCUAUUGGGUGAAGCUGUGUCCCAACUGGUCAAUAGGAAUGAGGAAGUGACACGCCACCGCAGUCGGAUCUUGGGCUCACUUCAGCACACUUUGCUGCAGAGCUUUAAUGAGAAAGCACAAGCCUUCCAUUGCUGGCUGUCUGAGCUGAAGGCAGGAGUAGAGGACUGCUUUGAGCAAACAUGCGAUGCUCUUUCCAUUUCAUUCAAGCAACAAAAGCUCAAGAUUGCUCUAGAGGAAACCAUGGAGGGUAAGGAGCAUCUGACCAGGGUUUGUGAGGAAGGAGAAAGACUCUUGUUGCAUUUGACAAAAGGCGGGACUGCAGGUAUACAAGAGCAACUUGAUUCUUGUCAGCAUGCUUUGGACACGUUUGUUGUGGAAUGCAGACAGCGCCUGCGGUCUUUGGAUGAAAGUGCCAAGCUGCUGAAUGGGUAUGAAACACGUAUGUUCGAGCUGAGAGACUGGCUGCAACAGCUGGAGGAGAGACUGAAGACAGAUGCUUCUCUGUGGGGUGAGAGUGAGCCAGGAGCCCCUGUCUGCUCUGAAGAGCUGAGAAGUGUGGAGGAAAUCCACAGAGAGCUCCUGAUAAGGAGGGCAUCUCUUGAACGACUAUGUCAGUCGCCUCUCACACUGUCAGAGGGAGGAUCCAGAUCACAUGAUAAUAUGGCAGAAGAGUUGCUCUCGAACCAUGAGGCGUUGCUGCAAGAGGCCAGGAGUCGAAUCCGCUGCCUGCAGGAGUAUCAGGCCUUCGAGGAGGCGUUAAAAGCAGUAGAGACUUGGUUGCGGGAUGUUGAGGGGAGAUUGGAGAAACUUGAGAACACAGAAGGGAAUAAAAAGGAGGUGGAAGAUAAACUUGAGCGAGCACAGGAUAUCCUGCUUAUGAAGGGCGAGGGUGAGGUAAAGCUUAACAUGGCUGCUGGGAAGGCAGAGCUGGUCAUUAAGAGCAGCGGUGAGGUGGAACGAGGAGUGAGGUGGAAGCUUCAGGAGGCCGAAGACGCUUGGGCGGCUCUAUUGCUGAGAGCCAUGAGUUGCCACAGUCGAUUGGAGUGGACUGUCAAUCAGUGGGAUUUGUUUGUGGAGUCUCGGACACAGUUGCAGAAGUGGCUGGAGGGAGUUGGGCAUGAGGUGAAAGGUCCUCUGGAGCCUCAGCUUGGACUUCGGGAGAAACGAAAGCAGCUGGAGAGACUGCGGAUGCUGUCAUUUGAUGUUGAGGACCAUCAGGGAGCUCUGUGCUAUCUAGAGGAAAGCGCAACUGAACUUUACAAACGUACUGGAGACCCUGUCUUUAAGGAGGAGGAAAUGAUUCUCCUUAGGGCGCAUUUUGAGGAUGUUAAAGCUGCAGCUGAGGAGAGAGUCAGACUGUCAGAGGAUGUUGUUCUUGACCAUAAGAAGUACAUGGAAACAAUCAGGGAGCUCACUGAUUGGCUAAUGGUGGUAGGGGAGGAGCUUCAGCAAUGCUCUGACCCAUCUGGUGACUCUCCCACCUUAAGUCGGAAGUUGACUGAAGUCCGGGAGCUGCUGGAGCGCGGCGCGUGCCAGGGACGCGAGCGGCUGCGGCGCGUGCGGCUGAGCGCAGAGAGAGCCGGAAGGCACACGGCGGCUGCGGGCUGCGAGCUGAUGGAUGGAGAGGUGGCGGCUCUGGCUCGAGCCCUGCACCAGUGGGAGGGAACGUCGCUACGUGCUCGCGACGCCCUGGAGACGGCCGUGACCGCGGCGACAGGGUCCGAGAGGGAACAGACGCGACUGACAGCGCAGUUAGAGGGAGAAAUGGAGAAGCUGGAGGUGCAGUUGAAAGAGUGGAGCGACGAACUGAGCAACGCUGAGCGGAGGAACAGCGGAGCUGCGGCUGUGGAGGGAUGGACGGUCGCCAAGGGCAUUUUGGAGGGGCUUCAGGCAGCUGAAGUUAUGGAAGAGAAGCUGAAAGCACAGCUAAAUGUGCUGUGUGGGUUCUCCGGUGAUCUGGGUCCUCAGUCGGACAGGGUCAGCGCUCUUAUCAAGCUGCACAACAGUCUGAGCCUUCGAGCUUCUCGUGAGUGUCAGAAUAAAGAGAAACUCCUAGAACAACGUUUCCGCUCCUCUCUGCAUGAUUUCCGGCAAUGGCUGGUAAAUGCCAAUAUCUCCACCGCCAAAUGCUUUGACUCCCCUCAUAGCAUCCAGGAUGCAACUGCUGCUCUUCAAAGGAUCCAGGAGUUUAUGAGUGACAGGCAGCAGGGUCAGGCCAGAUUAAAUGCUGUCCUGACGUACGGCGAGCAGCUUAGUAGCGUGGUGGCUGCUGAGAGGGUGGAAGCUAUCGGGUCCAAAACGUGUGCAGCCAAAGAUGAUUGGAGGAGCCUAAUGGAAAACUUACAGAGAAGAGAGACGGCCUUACAGGUCCUGCAGUCUCAGAUGCAGGAUUUUGAAGCGAGUGUGGAACCUUUGCAAGACUGGCUAAACAAAACUGAGAUGAGUGUGCAAGAGAGCAGCGCCCGCCUUCAUGAUCUGCCAGCCAAGAGACAAGAGCUCACCAAACUUCAGAGGUUGUUGGAAGAGAUGCGCUCCAGGGAGUCUGAACUGGCAGGGCUAAGAGGGAGAGCACAUGGCCUCUGGGAUGGUCAGGGUGCUGGAAAGAGUUUUGUGCAUCGGGUCUGUCAGCUAGCUGCAUGCUACCUGGCCCUGAGCAACCUGAUUAAGGAAAAGGUGUCCAGGGUAGAGCGAGUUGUGGGAGAACAUCAGCUUUUCUCACAGGGCUUGCAGGAACUUCAAAACUGGGUUUCAGAGUCCCAACAGGUACUCAAGACCUGCAGAUCCCUCACAUCUGACAAGAGUGUCCUAAUCACCAGAAUGGGCCAGCUUGAGGCUCUACUGACAGCCUGUCAGGGAAAAGAAAUCCAGCUAAAGAUGCUUAUCACCAGAGGAGAGUCUGUCCAAAGAAACACCUCAGCUGAGGGUGUACCAGUGGUACGCAAGCAAAUCCAAGACCUCAAAGACUCGUGGGAUUCACUCUUGUCAGCAUCCAUACAGUGUAAAAGCCAGCUGGAAGGUGCCUUGUCGCACUGGACCAGUUACCAGGAGGAUGUCAGUCAGUUUGAGAGCUGGAUGGAGCGAGUGGAAGAGAAUCUUGGAAACUCCGACAAACACUAUGCUGAAAUGAGAGACAAGACUGCCAAUCUGGGCCGUGCCAAGCUCCUCUAUGAGGAAGUUCUCAGCCAUUCCAGCCCCUUACAGACGAUUGCUACCAAGGGUUCCAACAUGGUUGAACAUACAGCCACACAGCAGGAGAUUCAGAAACUCAAUGAGAAAUAUACAACAAUCAAAGAUAAAGCAAAGGCAUCUGUCAGUAAGGCAGAAGAGUUGGUUCUUCUCCAUCAAGAGUACCAGCGAGGAUUGCACAUGUUUGAAGACUGGCUGGAGCAAGAACAAAGCAGCCUGGCUCUUCUAUCACCACUGGAUGAAGAUAUUAAUUCUCUGGAGAAUAAUUUAAAAGAACUGCAGAUACUCCAGUCUCAUUGUCCAAUGGGACAUAACUUGCUCAGCUCAGUUCUUGCAACUCGAGAAAGGGUUAUUCCUUGGGGUGCCCCUCAAAUUGAGGAUCGGGCCUUGGAAACAGCCCAGACAGAAUGGCAGGGUUACCAAGACCGUCUUGGCGAAACUAAAGUUCUGGUGGAGCAGGCACUUGUGAGAGUUCAGCAACUAGAAGGUUUAUUUCAAAACCUGGACCAGUGGUUAUUAGACAUGGAGCUCAAAGUUAAAGUAAGACGCCAUCGCCGCUCUGAUGUCACAGCAAAGGAGGCCCAGCUACAGAAUUUAAAGCGAUGGCAGAUUGAAGCUGCUCAGCGUCAGACUGAGGUGGAGGGACUGAGCGCUCUUGCUCAGCAGAUUGUAGAGGAUGCUCACGUCAGUGGUCGGAUCAGUACCAGGGUUACCCAGCUCACUGCACGCUACCAUGCUUUGCUACUACAGAUACAGGAGACCCUCAGACAGCUCCAGGAGGAGACGCAGAGCAUCACAGAGGCUCAAAAUGCCCUCAGGAUCUUCUCUGAUUGGCUGUGUGGUGCAAGGAAGAAUUUAAAUUUUUUUACUGAGAAAAAUGAGGCCCUUGACCGCGUCACCAUGGAAAAGAAGAUGAAGAGGCUGGAGUCUCUCCAGGGGGAGAUGGAUCAUGGUCAUAGUUUGCUCAAAACACUUCGAGAACGUUCAGAGCAGGCCGUCUCUUUUCUGGAUGACCCUGGAGCAUCUAAGCUAGAGAGGGAUGUGGAGAUGGGGCGAUCACAACUUGAAGAGGUUAUACUGGGGCUACAGGAAGAACAUGCAACCUUGGAAAGGAGCAUUGUGCUCUAUAAAGAUUUCCAAGAACGCUACAAGAGUCAAAUGCAGUGGCUUAGGGAGACCCGAGCUCUGCUCAGCUCCACUGUAGAACCCAGGGCAGAACUUUACCAGAGAAAAGCACAGCUGGCUAAAUAUAAGGCUGUGGAGCAGACGUUGUUGUCGCGUGAUUCAGCUGUGAGCUUCGUUCUAGAGAAAGGAGAAACUCUGCUGACGCUCCUCCACUCCCCUUCCAUAACAGACAACCUGACUAGAUUACAGACGGACUAUCAGGAGCUGUGCUGUUCGGCACGUACCCAUGUUCAAAGACUGGAGGGCCAUGUGAAGAAACAAGAAGCGUACCACAAAGAACUUCAGGAAAUCGAGCGCUGGCUGCUGCAGAUGUCCAGCCGGAUGGUGACACCUGACCCAUCAUCGAGCGGUGGCCUGGAAGCUGCCACUCAGCAGCUAGCCACACAUAAGGCUAUUAUGGAGGAGAUCGCAGGCUUUGAGGAGCGUCUGGCUGUGCUAAAGGAGAAGGGAGAGGAGCUUUUGUCCGGUUGCAGCGAUCGCCUCCAGGCUCGACUUCGCCAGCAAAUACAGAAUCAUCAGCAGGGUGCAAAAGACAGCUACUCAGCCAUCUGCAGCACUGCCCAGCGUGUGUAUCAGAGUUUGGAUCGGGAACUUCAGAAGCAUGUCAGUGUGCGGGAUACUUUGCAGCAGUGUCAAAAGUGGCUUUCCAAUGUGCAUGAGGAGAUGCAGCAUCCUGUGCAUACACCACACUGCCUACAAGAGGCCUUGGCACAGAUGAAGCAAGAUCGAACUCUACAGGAGCAGGCUAGUACAUACUUGCAGCUGGUGUGCUCCACCUGUGAUCUAUCAGAUGGAAAGGUGCAAGAGACGGCUGCUGAGAUACAGGAAGUCAAACUUCAGAUUGAGGAGAGGAUGUUGGAAUCCCAGGAUCAAGCAGACCGCUGGAGGGAGAUCAAGGACUUGCGUUCUAACCUUGAAUGUCGUCUCCUUGAGUCUGAACAACUUCUUCAGAGCCUGUUGAGGAGGCCAGCUGAGCUUGAGCCAAAAGUUGCCCAAAACCAACUGGAACAGGCUCAGGACUUUAUCCAGGAGAUGCGAGCCAGGCAGGUUGAGCUGACCCAGUUGAGAGAGAGCAUUAAUAGGCUAACGGCUGGUCAGGAGUCCCCGGAGCUUAUGGAAGUUGGACGUCUGCGCUGUGCUUGGCUGGAUUUGGGCAGACAGGCUGCACAGCUGCUGGAACAAAAGGAGGAGGAUCUACUGAGGAGUGGGGACUAUCAUGACUGCAUGUGCAUGGUGGAGGAGUUAUUUGACCAUAUGUCCAAGAAAUGGGAUCAAUUAGCCAGGGGAGACAUUGAGAGCACAGCUGAGUGCCUUGAUGCCUUAAAGAAGUUAUCCACCGACUUGCAGGACCAGAGAUGUGUCCUAGAUGAUCUGAGAAAUAAUAGGCAUGGGAUACUGCCUCGUCUGAGCUUAAGGGACAGGGACCUGGUUAAAGAGCAAGUGGGUUACCUGGAGCAACGGUGGACCCAGGUGGAAUCGCUUGUUCAACAGAAAAUCCAAGAUUCAACCCAAACGCUAGAAGAAUUGGGUCAAAUUGAGGACCGUCUGCGGGAGGCUCACGAGUGGGCCGAACUGCAACAGCCAUCCCUGUCUGAGGUGCUUAAGACCAGCCCCCCUCCAGACUUGGCCCAAAGCUUUCUGUUUAAUCACUUGAGCUUUUGUGGAGAACUGGAGGUCAAGCAAAAGCUUUUGGCAGAGGCUGUUUCUGAUGCCAACAGUCUGUCCUCUCGGCUAGGUUUUCAUGAGAGAAGGAAGCUGCAGACUUUGGUCCAGGAAGCUCAGGCAGAGGUAGAAUCACUUGGAACUAAAGCAGCCCAAUAUCGUAAAAGCCUCAGUAAAGUAUUUACAGAACGGACACAGUUCCUUCAAGCCCUUGAUAGGGCAACUGAAUGGAUCAAAAAGCAGGAGCAGAGGGCUCUAGCUGGUGAUCAUGUGGCACUCUUACCAAGCGUCCUGAACAAGCAGGUGUCUUCUUGUAAAAAUUUUACAAGCAGUCUAAGAGCGUAUCAGGUAGAGCUGACAUCACUUUGGGCACAGGGGCGAGAAUUGGUGAAGGAUGCUCCAGAGGAGGAAAAGAAGGAGACCCUUCAGAAGCUGGAGGAGUUACAAGUCAUUUUUGAGAGCUCCUUGCAGAAGAGUACAGAACAUCUACAGCAUCUGGAGAAAGCGCUGGUUAUUCGGAAGUACUUUCAAGUGGACCUGGACAGGAUCUGUGAAUGGCUACAGCAGGCAGGGGUUGCCACAUUUCCAAUUAUUGAUCUAAGCGGGAAUGAUGAGGCCCUUCAGAAUCAGUUGACCAAGUUCCAGCAGCUUCUGGAUCAUGCUUCUGAGUAUGAGAACCUUUUGCUUAUUGUUCAGAGGACAGGACAAGAGAUUCUUCCGACCUUAAAUGAGGUGGACCACUGCUACCUAGAUGAAAAACUCAAUGGCCUUCCACAACAGUACAAUGACAUGCUAUUGUUGGUCAGAGAGAAACGUGAUAGGAUUCAACAAAUGCUUUCAGAGCGCAAGGAAUUUGAAUCCCUCAUUGAUGUUACACGUAAAGCUUUGGAAGAACUUCAGGACAAGUGUGAUGCUUUGGAGAAUCGGUCAGUCAACCAAAGUCUUGAAGAGGGAAAAAGACUACAUAGCAGUUAUGAAGAUCUCCUUAAAGGUCUUGGUAAUCUCUUUCAGGGAUUAAAAGAUCUUAGGGGUAAAACGCAGAAUUUCCUUAGCUUGGGACAACCAUAUGCACCUGAAGUCAUUGAUCAGCUAGUUGGCCUUCAUAGCAGGCUCAACCAGCAGAUAGAAUAUAAAAUGAAGGAAUUACAAAAAACUUUAAACUUGUUAGAUAAUCAUAGAGGAGUUAUUGAAAAAAUGGAUAAUAGCAUCACUACAUUGAAGGAACAGCUUGACAAACUUGACUCAGAGGUGGGAUCAGAUGCCAUGGAGAAAUUAUCUACACUAUACAACCUAUCAAAGAUCCUAGAAGAAAUUCAUUACUAUCCAGAGGGUCUCAUUGUGCAAACAGAGGACCUCAACCAGCACUUUGACCCAGAGAUUUUUAAGACUCAGGUUAUUUUCAGGGAGGAACAACUUCUUACCUUAAAGCAAAGAAUUAAUGCAUACAUAGAAGAGUUUGAGAAAUCUUUUACGAAAAAUAAGGAUUUUCAAAAUGAUAUAAUAGCAUCAAUAGACUGGCUUAAGAAUCUUAGGGAUCAACUAAAAAGUCCUUUAAUGUUUGAAGAAGCAAAAAUUGAGCUUGUGCAGAAGGAGGUCAGGUCGCUAUUGACACUUCAAGAAGAAAUGAAAUCUAGGCUUAGGGUAUUAGAUGCUAUAACUUAUGAAGAGAAACAGAAGUACAUCAAUAAUCAACAGCCAUUUCCAAAGCUCUUUGAAACUGCUUUAAUGGAUGUUCCAAAACUGAAGGCUGAGAUUCAACAAGCUUUCAAUACCAAACAGGUGGCAUUGCAGUCCAUUCAAGCCCUGCUUCAGAAAUACCAGCAUGCCUUGGAUUGUAUCCAGCAAUGGUUUGAGGAUGCUGGUGGUCUACUGGAGCAGGCUCCCUGUAAAGUCGACCUGGAAAAACAUCCAAACUGUCUUAAUGACUUAGAAAAAGUGACAGCCCAGGAACAGACUGUGAAGAACAUGGUGCAGGAAAUGCAAGCUUUAAUCCCUCAGAUGAAUGAGUUUUUGAGCCCUACUGUAUUGAAGCAAAUCCAGCAAUAUUUUAAUGAGUCUUAUCACAAGACCGCAGAGAUCCUUGAGCAGCUGAAAGAUCGUCAGGACAGCUUGCAACGAUGCAUAGCUCAGUCAAGAUUAAUCCAGGAAGAGAUCGAUGAAGUUAUCAGACAGAUGAGUGAAGUUGAGAAAAGGAUGGAAGAGUUUACAACGGCCAAUGCAAACUCUGUACAAGAGGCUGAUGACAAGCUCUGUUUGUACCAGGGAAUUGUUUCACAAGUUCAGGGUUUUGAAAACACACUAAAUGGAUUAAAAGCACAGGCAGCACAGUUUGAUCACCUUGCCAUAAACAACACUUUAUCACAGUCAGUGUGUUCAUUGGGACAUCGAUGGACUCGCCUUUGCAGUGUUGCUAAAGCCCAGGAAAAAGUCCUUAAGGACUUUGCACAUAAAUGGAGGUGCAUCAGCGAGAAGCUGGAGAAAAUGCAGGCUGUGUCUGAGGACCUGCACAGUCGUGUUCCUGACAGCAUGGUGGAAAAGGCCUCCAGUAUGGCAGCGCUGCAGAGCCUGCUGGAGUACCAUGACUCAUUCAGCAGAGAGGUGGAGAGAGAGAGUAGCGCCCUUACCCUCCUCAGACACCAUGUGCUCAGCCUCUCCCUCCAUCCUCACGCCAUCCACCAUGACCAGAAGACCCCUUGUCUGCAAGAGAUUCAGAACAUUCAGGAGAAAUAUGACAAUCUGUUGCAGCAGGUAUGUGCUAGCAGGCAGCAGGUGCAGGUGGAGCUGUUGGAGCGGGAGGAGGUGGUGAGGGAGCUGGGCCUGUUGAAGGGCUGGAUACAGGACACCCAGGGGCUACUGCUGAGUCCUACUGCAGACCUGGAUACAUUGUUCACUGACCUGGAGAUGGCUCAUGGAGGUAUGCAGUCUCACCGGCAGACCCUGGAGCAGAUCGCUGAUCAUCAGCAGAAGAAAUACCAGGACCUCCACGCUAACCUUCCUUCUGAGAUUAGCACUCAGCUGGCAGAGGUCACACUGGCACUGGGUUCAGCAGAAGAUCAGGUGCAGGCACGAGAAAGAGAGGUCCAACACAGCCGAGACAUUAAGGAAGACAUCAAUUCCAGACUUCAGGAUAUUGCAAAAAAAGUCAAGCUCAUUUCUUUGAAACUCAAGCAGAAGGCUGUGGAUGUUGAGGAGGCUAAAGAAGAGACAGAAGCCCUGUUUGAGGAGUUGGAGGAGUGUGGUCGUGCUCUUUCUGAGUUAGACAUUGUAGUGCGGGAGUUUGGGGAGCAGAACCCUCUUCUGGCCAAGCAGCUGAGCUUCAGCCUCAGCAAACUGAAUGAGCUUCACACUCAGACCAGCAGACUGGCAGAGAGAAGAACCACAAGCCUUCACAAGGCUGAGAAGAACUUUGAAGAAUUCAAUGAAAUGCUGAUCUUAACUCUGAACUGGACAGAGAAAGCAGAGACUGUGGUCUCAGCCAACAUCAUGUGGAGUCCAGCCGCUCAGAUGCAGGAGCAAAUCAGAACCCACCAGGCCUUAUUGCAAGAGUGGCAGGACAUUCAAGGAGAGUUUGAGGGUCUGGUGGAGAGGGUAGCUUUGCUAGGAGAGGUUGUGCAGACCGAUGCUCUCCACCAUCAGGUGGCAGAACUGAGUAGACAUGCUGAAGAGCUGCAACAGACUGCCAAAACAAGACUACUGAACCUACAGGACGCAGCCAAAGACCUGGGGAGGUUGGAGAGUGAUGUGAAACGCCUUCAUCAGUCUGUAGAGAGAGUGCAGGAGACUCUGGUCUCUCCUGAUCUGGCUCGCCUCAGCCUCAGGGAACAGCUGGCUCAAAGACAGCUCCUGUUGUCAGAGAUGGAAGGUGUCAAGCAGCAGGUGCAAGCCAUACAGAUGUGUCAGAGUGCCCUCCGGCUGCCAGAAGAGGUCAUUGCAACAUUACCACUCUGUCUUACUGCACAGAGUCUGCAGCAAGAAAGCAGUCAGCUCCAACACAACACCAUUCAGCAGUGCAAUAUACUACAGGAGGCAAUGGUGCAGUAUGAGCAGUAUGAACAGGAAGUGAAAAAUCUACAGAGACUUAUUGAAGAGGCACAUCGUGUCAUUCAGGACCGCCCUGUUGCCACAGGAAACAUACAGGAGCUUCAAACACAGAUACAGCAUCAUGAGGAACUGGCCCAGAAGAUAAAGGGCUACCAGGCGCAGAUCUCGGCCUUGAACUCUAAAUGCAAAAUGUUGACCGUAAAAGCGAAGCAUGCAACAAUGCUGCUCAUGGUCAGCGAGGUUGACGGCCUCUCGGAUGGCCUGGAAGAGCUGGAGGAUGAGGAGGAGGAGAUGCCCAAACACCCAUCCACACACCCCUCUGUUGUCAUGAUGACAGCUGGUCGUUGUCAUACUCUCCUCUCCCCGGUAACAGAGGAGUCUGGUGAGGAGGGCACCAACAGUGAGGUCUCCUCUCCCCCCGCCUGCAGAUCUCCCUCACCCGGGCCUAACGCUGACACUUCUCAGGGUUCGGGACGUGCUCCUCUAAGCAGAGCUCCUCUGCAGGAACUGUAUGACCCAUCCAUGGAGUCGUGUGCCUCUGCUAACCUGGACGACCUUCAGCGUUCAUGGGAGACCUUGAAGAAUGUGAUAAGUGAGAAGCAGAAGAGUCUUUAUGAAGCUCUGGAGAGGCAGCAGCAUUAUCAGGAGACCUUGCAGUCCGUGUCUACAAAGAUGGAAUCCAUCGAGACAGCACUAAAUGAGGGCUUGGAGCCAAGCAAGAGCCCGGAGAGCCAGAUGGCCGCCCACCAGGCACUGAUGGAUGAGAUCCUAAUGCUUCAGGAUGAGAUCACUGAGCUUCAGACCUGCUUCUCGCAGGAGCUGCAGUUGGAUGAGGAGAGUUUAGAGGCAGAUGCUGGAGACCAGCUGGCCCUCCAAUCCACUCUUACUGUAUUAGGAGAGCGCAUGGCCACUAUUCACAUGAAGGCUUCAGGGAAGCGACAGCUUCUGGAUGAGCGCUUGAGCGAGCAGUUAGAGGAGCAGCGACAGGAGCAGGCACUGCAGCGUUACCAUAGUGAAGCAGAGGAGCUUGAUAACUGGCUGCUGAGCACACGUGCAACACUUAGCUCCGCCCUACAGCCACACCCACAGGACAUGGACAUGGAGGAGCAGCUGAUUGACUGUCAGAACAUGUUACUGGAGAUCGAGCAGAAGGUGCUGUGUCUGUCUGAGCUAUCAGUACACAGCGAGAGUUUACUAAUGGAGGGUAAGGCCGGCACACGAGGUGACGCUGAACAGCUCUCCUUUAAACUACACAGCCUCAAAUCCAGCCUGCUGGAGCUCCAGCGAAUUCUUCAAGACAAACAGACCCACAUACAGGGGUCACUGCAGGAACAGGAGGAUAGUGAAUCAGACUCAUCUCUGUCUCAGAGCCCCAAUAUGAUGGACUGGCUCAGCCAGGCGCGAUCCACACGCAACCAGCAACAUCAAGACACGGUGCAAAGACAAAAGGAACUGGAGGAGCAGCUUGGUGAACAGAAGAAGUUACUGCAGUCUGUAGCAUGCAGAGGAGAGGAGAUUAUCUCACAGAGAACAACACCUAAUGGAGAGAGUUCUCCUGCUGAAUUUUCUGAGUUGGAUGAUGAUGAGAACAUAAACACAAAGGAUCAGAUGAGAGUCAGAUGGGAAAACAUGAGCAGAGACCUCAACAACAAACUACAACUGUCACUUAACACAUUGGAGCAGGUGACAAGUUUUACGGUUGACCAGCCAGUGUCCAGUCCAUGUGGAGUUUUCAGAGGGGAGCAACUGACACAAGACAUGUUAUCACCCAGAAGUCUUUUUGAAGACUUCAGCAAGGAGCUGGAGGAAGGGGGCACUGACAGUAAGCGUGUUAAUGCUCUUGAGAAGGUUCUCUAUGAGGCUGUGUCAUCAGCUUCAUCUUGGCUGGACAGUGCUGAGAAUGAGCUCAUAUCUGGCCCAAUGCUACUAUCUGAUGACUCAGAGACUCACCUGGGCCAUUUGGAGGGUUUGAGUAAGGAGGUAAAGAAUGUCAAUGAGGAAGUGUGCAGGUGUCGGGAGGUGCUUGGAGAAAAAGAGCGACUGUUGGAUGAAGGUGAAGGAGGUGUUUUGGUUGAGGAGGUAUUAGAUGGUUUGGAGGGAAGACUGAAGCUGGUGGACUCCGUGUUGGAGCAGCAGUGUAACAAUGUAAAAGACAAGCUGCAGGAAGUCAGUGUUUUCCAGACUGAGUAUAGGCUUCUGCUCACUGCUCUGAGCGAUUCUAAGUACCAGCUUUCACGGAAAAUGAAUGCUGCUAUGGAUCGCCCUGCCUCCAAACAGAUGGAGGUUCUAGCAGAAGCGGAGGACAGUCUGAGGGAAUUUGAGCAGAAAGUUUCUGAGAUGAGAAGCCGAGGAGAGACACUACAACCCAACCAGUUGUGCACUCAAGAGUUGUUGAAACUACAGGAUGCAUAUGAAGAGCUGGUGGAGAUGGUGGGCUCCAAGCGGAGUGGGUUGAACCAGACUUUGGUUCUGAAGGCUCAGUAUGAGAGAGCACUGCAGGACUUAAUAGAUCUGGUAGACACAGCCCAGGACAAAAUGGCUGCAGAUCAAAAGAUGAAAGUCGGCUCUGUGAUCGAGGUUCAGAUCCUUUUAGACAAACACAAGGAGUUUUUUCAGGGGCUGGAGACACAUGUCGUCCUGACACAGGCCUUCUUCAGACAGGUCAGUGGGUUGCUGGUGCAGAGGGAAGUUCAGAGCCUGGAGGAAACUGUUGCCCAGGCUCAGGCUGUACUUAAACAGGCCCACAAACGAGGAGUGGAACUCGAGGGCAUCCUGGAGUGGUGGAGCAGGUUGGUGGGUGAUUAUCAGGCCUUGUACAGGCAGCUGGAGGCCAUUGAAAGCAGCAUCCCCAGUGUGGGCCUCGUGGAGGAGACAGAAGGCAGACUGAGUGAAAGAAUUUCUUUAUACCAGCGUCUGAAGGCUGGUUUGUCUGAGCGGCAGCAGCAGUUGUAUAAGUUGUUGGAGGAUGGGAAGAGACUUGUCUUACAUGUGUCCUGCUCAGAGCUGGAUACUCAACUCACUCAGCUGGGGGAACAUUGGCUCAGCACCACCACCAAGAUCAACAAAGAGCUACACCGUCUGGAUUCAACUCUCAAACACUGGAUCAGGUAUCAAAGUGAGUCAGCUGAGCUCAGCCAGUGGCUUAGUUCAGCAUUAGAUCGUCUGGAGUUUUGGAGCACUCAGUCUGUUACGGUACCUCAAGAGCUAGAGACCGUCAGAGAUCAUCUUCAUGCCUUCCUGGAAUUCUCUAAAGAGGUGGAUGCCAAGUCAUCUUUGCGCUCCUCGGUUCAAAGCCAGGGGAACCAGCUUCUGCGGUUAAAAAAGGUGGACACGGCAGCAAUCAGGGCAAACUUGGCCCAGGUAGAAACACAGUGGGCUGACCUUCUCGCACGUAUCCCUGUGGUCCAGGAGAAGCUCCACCAGCUGCAGAUGGAGAAGCUGCCAUCCCGUCAUGCAAUAACUGAGCUAAUGAGCUGGAUAUCUCUCAUGGAGAACAUCAUUCAGGAGGAUGAGCAGAAGAUUAUGGGUGCUUUGGGAUCAGAGGUUGUGCAAACGUGUCUGCAGAAAUACAAGGGUUUUCGGAUUGACCUGUCCUGCAAGCAGCUGACGGUGGACUUUGUGAAUCAGUCGGUUCUGCAGAUCAGCAGUCAGGAUGUGGAGGGGAAACGCAGUGACAAAACAGACUUUGCCGAACGUCUCGGGGCCAUGAACCGGCGUUGGCAGAUACUGCAGGGACUGGUUACAGAAAAGAUUCAGGUUUUGGAGCGUCUUCUUGAAAGCUGGUUGGAGUAUGAGAACGUGGUCCAGACUUUGAAGACCUGGUUCAGUGUACAGGAAGAGAAACUUAAAAAGAAACACAGGAUCGAGGAUGUGUCCUCAGCACAGAAUGCACUCAAAGACUGUCAGGAAAUGGAAGUGUUGGUUAAGGAAAAAGAGAAGGAUCUGGAGAAAGCUGAAGAGAAAGGUUGCUUACUUAUCCAGGAAAAGAAAGGGGAGGCCGGGUCUGUCAUUAUGGAGACACUAAAAAGUCUCAACCAGUCUUGGGCCAAUCUGGAUCACAUGCUCGGGCAGCAGACGGUCAGUCUCCGGGCCGUCCUGGAGCAGUGGAGUCUGUAUAAACAAGCGUAUGAAGAGAUUCAAGGCUACCUGAUGGAGGGACGUUACACCAUCUCUCGCCUGUGCCUCCUCACCGGCUCCCCAGAGGCUGUGCAGGUUCAAGUUGAGAAUCUUGAGAGUUUACAAGAGGAGCUAGAAAAACAGGAGAGCAGUUUACGGAAAUUCGGCUCCAUAACUCAACAGCUGUUGAAAGACUGCCAUCCCUCAGUGACUGAAUCACUCAACGUAACGCUUGGUGAUGUGAACCUCAGGUGGAACACGCUGCUGGAACAGAUCUCAGAUCAGCUGAGGAGCAGUAAAAGCCUACUGCAGCUGUGGCGGCAUUAUAAAGCGUUAUAUGCUCAAAGCAACACAGACAUCCAAAAACUCGAGGAGCAGGUUGAACUUCUACUCAAGAGCGCCACCCACAGGGACAUCACAGAACAGGAGUUGAAGAAAUGGAUGCAUCAAUGCAUGGAGCUCAUGAAGGCUGAGGGAUCCUCAGAGUCUGUUCUGGAGCAGCUAAACAAGUUUGGAGGACAGCUGAGACAGCAGGUGGACCCUUCUGCCAUGACAACCUUCCAUACAGACCACCUGUCACUCACUGAGCGCUUGGCAGCGGUUGGACACACCCUCCAAAGACAGCAGUCUCUUUUAGAGGCGGGUUUGAAGGACUAUGAGAGGUUUAGUAAGGAGUUAUAUUCUCUAAGUCACUGGGCAGAAGAAGCUGAGAUGCUUCUGAAGGAACCAGACCCAGUCGGAUCCCCAGAUAUAUCAGCUGUGCAGGAACACAUGGACAAACUUAAGAGCCACAUGUUGAAGUUAAGCAGUCUUUCUCCUGAUCUGGAACGCUUGAAUGGGUUGGGCUAUCAACUUUCCCUCAACGACAAUGAAAUCAAGCGACUGCAGAAUCUCAAUAGGAGCUGGUCUUCUAACUCUGCUCGAACAGUAGAGAGAUUCAGUAAACUCCAAGCCAUGGUACUGCAAAGACAAACCUUUUUAGAGAAGUGUGAUGCUUGGUUGACCUUCCUAAAUCAAACUGAGGACAAGCUCGGCACUGAGAUCUCUGGGAACUAUCAGAGCCUGUUAGAGCAGCAGAGAGAACAUGAGUUGUUCCAAACAGAGAUGUUUAGUCGACAACAGAUUCUCUCAUCUAUCAUCAGUAAUGGACAUCAGCUACUAAAUCAGGGACAGGUAGUAGACAGGGAUGACUUUGCCCUAAAACUGGCACUGCUUAGUAACCAGUGGCAAGGUGUGGUGAGGCGGGCACAGCAGAGACGGGGGAUUAUUGACAGUCUUGUUCGGCAGUGGCAGCGAUACACAGAACUGAUAGAGAAACUACGCCACUGGCUGCAAGAGAUAUCAAUAGAGCCAGAACAUCAACAGCAGGGGACAACAGUCGCGUUACAGCAGAUCCGUGGAAUGUUAGAUCACAUACAGCUGAAGGAGCGUGUGCUUCAGAGGCAACAAGGCAGCUACAUUUUAACAGUAGAAGCUGGGAGACAGUUAAUGUUGUGGGCUGAUGCCAAGGCAGAGGCUCUACUUCACACUGACCUCACUGAUGUACAGGAGCGCUGGAGGACCGUUAACAUCCGCUUUGACGAGAGGAAGAAAGAACUACUUUCCCUGCUAAGGGACUGGGACCAAUGUGAGAAAGGUAUUGCUGCAUCACAUGAGAAGCUGAGAGUCUUUAAGCAGAAGCUCUCUGUGCCUUUACCCGAUCACCAUGAGGACCUGCACACUGAACAGAUCCGCUGCAAGGAAUUGGAGGGCAGUAUUGAUGGCUGGGCUGAUGAUGUAGCUGGACUGUGUAUACUGAGAGAAUCUCUCUCUAGUGGCCUCAGCGCUGAUGACCUUACAGUCCUACAGGAGAGACUGACAUUACUGCAGAGACAGUGGGAGGAGACCUGUCAUCAGCUGUGUCUGCGCAGACAGCAGGUCAGUGAGAGGCUGAACGAAUGGGCCGUGUUCAAUGAGAAGAAUAAAGAGCUGUGCGAGUGGCUCACCCACAUGGAGAGCAAGGUCUCGCAAAACGGAGACAUCGGGAUUGAAGAGAUGAUCGAGAAACUCAGAAAGGACUAUCAAGAAGAGAUCUCAGUGGCCCAAGAGAACAAGUAUCAACUGGAGCAGAUGGGGGAGAGACUCGCUCAGGCCAGCCAUGAAAGCAAAGCUGCAGAAAUCCAAUACAAACUUAGCAAAGUCAAUGAGCGCUGGCAACAUCUUCUUGACCUCAUAGCGGCUCGGGUAAAGAAGUUGAAGGAGACUCUGGUGGCCGUGCAGCAGCUGGAUAAAAACAUGAGCAGUCUGCGCUCCUGGCUGUCUCAUAUUGAGACCGAACUCUCACGGCCCAUCGUCUAUGAAACCUGCGACUCUCAUGAAAUCCAAAGAAAACUCAGCCAGCAGCAGGAUUUGCAGAGGGACAUUGAAAAGCACAGCACGGGUGUGGCAUCCGUACUGAACCUGUGCGAGGUGUUGCUGCAUGACUGUGAUGCCUGUGCUACAGAGACGGAGUGCGAGUCCAUCCAGCAGGCUACACGCGGCCUGGAUCGGCGCUGGAGGAACAUCUGUGCUAUAGCCAUGGAAAGGAGGCUCAAGAUUGAGGAGACAUGGAGAUUGUGGCAGAAGUUUUUGGAUGAUUACUCUCGAUUUGAAGAGUGGCUGAAGGUGUCUGAAAGGACAGCGGCCCUGCCUAAUUCCUCCGGAGUCUUGUAUACCAUCGCUAAAGAGGAGCUCAAAAAGUUUGAGGCAUUUCAGAGACAGGUGCAGGAGUGUCUGACCCAGCUGGAGCUCAUCAAUAAACAGUACAGACGACUGGCUCGCGAGAACCGCACAGACUCAUCCUGCCGACUGCGACAAAUGGUGCACGAUGGGAACCGACGCUGGGACAUUUUACAAAGGAGAGUAGCUGCCAUCUUGCGCAGACUUAAGCAUUUUAUUAGUCAGCGAGAAGAGUUUGAGACAGCCAGAGAUGGUUUUCUGGUUUGGCUGACUGAAAUGGACUUACAGCUCACCAACAUCGAGCAUUUCUCAGAGUGUGACAUUCAGGCCAAGAUCAAACAGUUAAAGGCUUUCCAAAAGGAGAUCAGUCUGAAUAUGGGGAAGAUGGAGAGCGUGUUUGGGCAGGGGGAGGUGCUGAUGGAGAAGAGUGAGCCUAUGGAUGCUGCUGUCAUAGAGGAGGAGCUGGAUGAGCUGCAGAGAUACUGCAGGGAGGUGUUUGGUCGGGUGGACCGCUACUACAAGAAACUCACACGAGUGGCGCUGAUCGAUGAUGAGUGUGAUGGCUCAGAUCGUGAAUUUGAAACAGGUGAUCUCUCAGAUCUUCAGUGGAGUGAAGAUGGAUCAAUUUCCCACUCAUCCAGCAGAACACCCUCAGAUGCAACAGCUCCUGUCCACACAAACGGCUCCGGACGAGACACACCCGCCAGUGUAGAUUCUAUCCCGCUGGAAUGGGACCACGACUAUGAUCUAGACCCUAUGGGCCGUACCAUGUCUGCAGAACGGGGGAGACAAAACAAAGAUGAGGAUGAUGAGUUACUUUGUAUCACCACUACAGCGCUUACAGACGUAGUGAUUCCUGAGAGCCCUGAGGCUUAUAUUAAACUAACAGAAAACACUUUGAGGUCCUCCUCGGGUGAGACAGCCCGAUUAGUAGAUAAUAUGCUGGACACCAGCCGUUACAGUCACCAGCAAACAGAUGACAUAAAGUGUGGCCAUGACACCUCUUAUAUGGGAUAUAUGCGGUUAAUGGAUGACUGCCGGGGCAGUCUGAAGGCAAUAAAGAGGGCUGAAGGAGAGCUGGAGGAGGAAGAGGACAAUCUGUCAGGACUCAGCAACCCUGAUAACACUGAGACACAGAACACAGGUGUGAUUGAGCGCUGGGAGUUGAACCAGGCCCAGACUGUUGACGUAGAUCAUAGACAGAGAGAAGAUCUGAUAUUAUGGCAGCAGCUGACCUCUGACCUGAGUGCAAUGGAGGCGUGGCUUAGCCAGGCUGAUGCAGAGUUAGCAGAACUGAGGGGGAGUGAUCUCAGUACAGAUAUACACACUAUUGAGCAGAAGAUUAGAAAUUUAAAGGACCUACAGAAGGACAUGGAUUCCCAUAAGUCUAAAGUACUAUCUAUCAACCUAAGUAGCGCUGCACUUCUCCAGUCAGAUUCAGAAGAGGGCCUGGACCUAAAAGCCAGACUUAAAGAGAUGAACUCAAGCUGGGAUCGACUGGGCAAAUCACUUAAAGAGUGGAGAACAGCUCUCCAAGAUGCUCUGAUGCAGUGCCAGGAGUUCCAUGAGUUGAGCCAUGGUCUUCUUCUCUGGCUGGAGAACAUUGACCGGAGGAGGAAUGAGAUUGUCCCAAUCGCAUCAGGACUAGAUCGUCAUAAACUGCGGGCUCAUUACAAAGCACUUAAGCAAAUCCAGCGGGAGCUGAUGGAAACAGAGCAAAGAGUAGACAGUCUGCAAGAGCUGUCAGUCCAGCUGCUGGUACAAGCACAUGGCAGCGAGUGUCUGGAGACCCAGGAAAGGGUUCAUGUCAUUGGGAACCGCCUGCGACUGCUCAUGAAGGCUGUGAGCACAGACUUGGAGCUGCUAGAAAAACAGAUUCAGGCUUAUGGGGACAGACAAGAUGCAUCCCUCUGGUCUGUUACGGAUGACACUGAUACUUCUGGAUCAGUCAGUCCUGUUUCAGAAGUCAGCGUUUCAACAAAACGACAAUCGCUACGAGGCAAAUGUAGUGUGUCUGAACCAGGAUCCACAGCCAGACAUCCACGUCGCAGGUUGCCCAGAGGUUCUGGAUGCGUGCCGUCUCACUCUGGUUCCUCCAGGUCCCAAGGUGGCGCUGCUGUGGCUCGUUGUCAGCCCUUUCUACUGCGAGUGCUCCGGGCAGCACUGCCUCUACAGCUACUGCUACUGCUCAUAGUGGGCCUAACCUGUCUGGUACCCAUGACUGAGGAAGAUUACAGCUGCGCUUAUGCGAACAAUUUUGCCAGAUCUUUCCAUCCCAUGCUCCGCUAUACCAAUGGUCCACCACCUGUAUGAGGAGGAUGAAACUUGCCUUUAUAUAUAUUUAUUAUUAUAUUCAAAGUUACUGCAGGGCAUGGCAGGACACAAAAUGGACUUAAACGGCAUAUCUGUUAGCCAAAGCUGAUUUUUCCAGUCCCUGUACAGUUCAAUACUGCUGCUAAUUUUAUUUUGCUCACUGUAAACUGUGUACCAUUACUGAAAUUUUUGCAAUGUAGACUAGUGUUAGACUUCUGUACUUUGGGUCAAAAAAAAUCAUUGUACAGAUAAUUGGAGAAAUACUUCUGUCCCAAAGAACAGAAGAAAAAAUAUUUAUGUACUUAAUAGCACUGACAUAAGCGUAAGGUACUGCACUUAUACCGUCCACCAAAAUGGCCAAAAUUAUUAGCUUAGAAUAAGGAAAGUGUUUUAUUUUAUUUUUUUAUUAUUAUUUAAGAUUAAAAUUGUAGAAAAAAGUUAUUUUCAGUAUUAUUUAAAUACUUUAUUUGCAUGGCAAUUCAACUUUUUUAUUUUGUGGCAUGGAUUUUACAAGUUUCUUUUUCACAAAUGCAAAACAAUCACUGACAGGUUUGAGAAAUGUGUGCUUUUUACUGAUUUAUAUCUACAUACGAUAUUUUAAUUUGUGUGGUAUGAUGUGACAGAAAUAUUAAUUAUUAUUACAAUGUCUAUGCCUAUUUAUGUAUGUACAGUUUGCUAAUGCUGACAAUAAAAAUACAUCUUUUCAUUUAAUAGAUAUAAUUCUGCAUGGUCUGUUCAUACAGAGCUAUAACUAUUAUUUUAGAAGUAUUUUUAUUUAUCAACGCUAUAUUAAUGCCUUUAAUGGAGACUAAUUUACAUUUUCACAUUUAGGUAAUUCAAAAUGAAAAUUUACAAAUAAUAUUUCACAUCAUGGGAAAUUAAAGCUGAAAUGUAUUUGACAAGUGCACGGUUAAUAACCGGCAAACAAAUACACACGAUGACAGGAUAAAUCUGACAGACAUCACAUCAUCAUAAUCACAUAAUAAUUUAAUACUGCACACCACAAUGACAACCAAAAGUAACAGAACGUAAGCAGGUAGUUUCUGUUAUAAGUGUGUUACAUUUCAAUGAUUAAACAACAAAAGACGUAUUUAAUGUUGGCUUUCAUAGGCCUGGUCAUACAAUCAAAGCAAUGACACCACUGUUACAGCAGACACAUCUUGUAAAUACAGUUUGGGCAGAACUCACCAAACCAUAAGUAAACAUUGUUCAUUUCACAAAAUGUAUAGCACUGAUCACGGAGCUAAUGUGUUUUUUUAUUAGUCAAGUUAAGAUUUAUCAAUGUAAACUUUAAUAAAAAUAUAGCAAUAAUUUGUAAUAAUCAA